UUAUGGACUAAAGAACACCAAUACAAAGGUUAGUUGAAGAAUUACACACAGGAUCACCUGCUUAAUUGUUAGAAGUGGCUAAUCAAUGUGAAUAAACUCCAAACAUCUUAUUGACAAAAGCAAUCCUGUUAAUAAAUAAUAAGAAUUAUUAAGAAGCUUCAUAAAUUUUAAAAGGACUGAAAGAUCAUUAACUUUAUCCUUUUACUAGAGUAUAUCUACUCUAUGCUGAAGGAUAAUAUCAAUAGGUUAUAACAGAAUGUAGAAAAAAUGUACCAGAAGAUUAGCUAUUAAUGGGACAGGCUUAUUUAAAGUUAGGAGAGUUUGAACAAGCAAUACAAUUAUUUCAGAAAUUACUUAAAGAAGUAUAAAUAUCUUAAUAUCAUAAAGAGCAAAUUUCAAAAUGACUCUCAAGAUAUUUUAACAAAUAUUGCAAAUGCAGCAAUUCAAUUAAAUGACUAGGCUCAAAUGAAAUAAAUAAAUUAGCAAAUAUUUGAAUUCAUUAAAAAGAAUAAAAAUUAAUAUGCAAGAGAGUUAUUACUUAACCAUGCUUUACUUAAUUUAUAAUUAAAUGAGUAAUUUUUGUAAUAUAUAAAAUUUAGUCUAAAGAUAGCAAAAGAACUAACUAUAAGAUUUGAAAACAUGGUGAAAGUUGAGAAUGAAUAGGAUGAGGAUUUAUUCUUAGCCCAAUUAAUUUUAGAUGUGAUUAAUCCAGGAGAUUACAAAAGCAAAGUUAAAUAGUAAUUAUCCAUCUAAUUAAUAGAUAUGAACUUUUGGAAAAGACUUCAGAAUAAGCAGUGCUAUUGAAUAAUUUAGCAGUGUUUUAAGAAUUUAUCCAUCCACAUCAUGAUUCAUUAAAAAGAGUAGAAGAAGCAUUAUCUUUAGAUUAUAAAUUUACACCUCAAUAACUCCAUGUGUUAAAAAUAAAUAAAGCUAUUUUACAAAUCAUUAAGAAUAGACCAACCAAGGAACAAGGCUUGCCUUUAUCAGUUUAGAUUGCAAUUAAUCGACAAAAAUGGGAAUAACCAAUUGAAGAUCCAUAUCAAUAUCUAAUAUUUGCAACUAAUAAUGAUAAUACCAAUAAAAUUAUUGAAUUAUGCAAUGUAAAAAACUGGAAUUAGAACAAAGUCUUAAGCACAUUUAUUUUGGCUCAUAUUCUGAAAUUGCCUGAUGAUACUCUUUAUGAAAAACAGAUUUAAUUAAUUGCUUAAUUCCAUAAAGCCUUGGUCUGCAAUUAUUAUAUCAAAAGAGGAAAUUUAGAUAAAGCUUUGCUAUACUAUACUGAGGAUCAACAAAUUAAGAGCCAACUUGCCUUGCUAUGUAUUGAAAAGGGAUAACUUGCACAAGGGGCUAAAUUUGUUGACUCUUUAUAAUUCGAUGGAAUAACUGAUAUGAAUGAAAUAGAAAAUUUGGAAAGAAACAUUGGAUUAUCAAAGAAGGUUGAAGUCUAAGUGAAGAAGAUUUAAAAGAAGAAAAAGAAGAGAAUUAGAUAUCCCAAAAAUUUCGACAAAACCAAUCCUGGUCCAUUGCCUAAUCCUGAGAGAUGGUUGCCUAAAUAAGAAAGAAAAGAAUGGAAAAAAAAGAAAUAAAUUCAUAGCAGAACUUAAGGAGGUAAUGCAGGAAAUGAAACAGUAAAUACAUUUAAAUCAAGCGGAGCUUCUACUGCAUAAGUUAGUGCAGCUUAGAAGAAAACAAAUAAAUAUAGAAAAUGAU